GUCAGGGCCGGUGGUUCCCGUGCCUCUUCGCUCCUCCGCCGUACACCCCGCCCCUUCCCGGCCCGGCAAUGUCCGCCAACAAUAUGUCGGACCCCCGGAGGCCCAACAAGGUGCUCAGGUACAAGCCACCUGCCACGGAGAACAAUCCGGCGCUGGAGGAUCCCACUCCCGACUACAUGAACCUGCUGGGAAUGAUCUUCAGCAUGUGCGGCCUCAUGCUCAAGUUGAAGUGGUGUGCUUGGAUUGCUGUCUACUGUUCCUUCAUUAGCUUUGCCAACUCUCGAAGCUCUGAAGAUACCAAGCAGAUGAUGAGCAGCUUCAUGCUCUCCAUUUCUGCUGUGGUGAUGUCCUACCUCCAGAACCCCCAGCCUAUGACACCCCCGUGGUAGACACGUGGAUCUCAGGACCUCAGGCUUUUACUUUUGGUCCCUGGGCCAAAAAAAAAAAAAAAAAAGAAAAAAGAAAAAAGAAAAUGCCAGAAACUGGUUCUUUCUUCACUUCCGUGUUCACCUCCCAGCCUCUGCUCCAAAUCUAGAGCUUCAGACUGUGAGUCCACGUGGGAGGGUCCCCACCCCACCCUGCUGCUGGAGGAUUGCCUCUUCUUGGGCUCCGGCCUAUCAGCGUCCCCCGGCUCUGAUUUCCUCUCCAGCCCCCCUGCCGAAGGCACCUUGGGCGAAAGAGGAUCCUGCACCUGCCUGCCCCGAGCCCGGGCGUCUGCCCUCCCUCUUGGGCCGAGCUUCUUCCCAGGAAGCUGAGACUGGGCCCGGGCAGGCGGGGCGGAGGCUGGGUGCGGGGCUCCAGCACUUGUAACUACUUGUAGCAGUCAAUACAUUUGGAUGUGUAAAAGUU